GGGCCGACAGCGACUUUGUACUUUUGUGUUUUUCUUUGGGUUUUACUGGCACAAGCUGGCAGAGCGGGGUGGCUAUGAUCUCCCACCAUGCUCAGGAUUGGGGUGUCUGAGGUGUCAUCGCUUCAGCCCAUGUGUCGCUUUUGGGAAGCAGAGAGAGUGGCACAGAAUCGAGACGUGUGACGGACUCUCGGGCCACACAAGGUAAACAUGAAGCCAUAGCCGAGGCAGCACCCCCCCCACCGGUGUCUCAUCAUUUUGAUGCUUCUCCAGCCCCCCGGUGUUGCCAUGGAGACGGUUGUCAUCGUAGCGAUUGGCGUGCUGGCCACCAUCUUCCUGGCAUCGUUUGUGGCCCUGGUGGUCGUCUGCAGACAGCGCUACUGCCGCGCCGCCGACCUGCUGCACCACUUCAACUCCAAGCCCACGGUGGAUCUCAUCAGCGCCAUGGAGACCCAGAGUGAGCCCUCGGAGCUUGAACUGGACGAUGUGGUCAUCACCAACCCUCACAUCGAGGCCAUCCUGGAGAACGAGGACUGGAUCGAGGACGCCUCGGGUCUCGUCUCCCACUGCAUCGCCAUCCUCAAGAUCUGCCACACCCUGACCGAGAAGCUGGUUGCUAUGACGAUGGGGUCCGGCGCCAAAGUCAAAGCCCCGGCGAGUCUCAGUGACAUCAUCAUGGUGGCCAAGAGGAUCAGCCCCCGGGUGGAUGAUGUGGUGCGAUCGAUGUACCCGCCGCUGGACCCUAAGCUGCUCGAUGCCAGGGCCACAGCUCUCCUGUUAUCGGUCAGCCAUUUGGUUCUGGUGACCAGGAAUGCCUGCCACAUGUCCGGGGCGAUGGACUGGAUCGACCAGUCCCUCAACGCAGCCGAGGACCACAUCACCAUCCUGCGGGAAGCUGCCCUGGCGGCGGAGCCCGAGCGAAACCUGCUGGCGUGCGAUUCCUUUCGGCAGCAGCAGUCGGCCAUUUAGUGGGAGCCUGAAGUCGAGACCCCAGAGAGUGGACCCGGUGGGCCUCUCGCCUCCACGUUGCACCCAUCCAUAGCUAGCAGUGUCCAGGCUGCCAACUUUGAUGACUUCCAGUUUCUCCUGCCGAGCCUGAUGCCCGCUGGACACUUGUGAAGGGUCCUUCAAAACUGAGCAUGAGCGCCAUCUUGUGGCCAAACUGCCAAGGUCUGCCAUCUACUCCAAUUCAUCCUGCAGAAUCUGAGGGGGGAGGUGGGGCUCAGAGGACCUGGUGGCAAAGCGGCGGGCAUUUGAAGGUGAAACCUCAUUUGACACUCCAGAGUGGGCCGAGCUUCCCAGUGCCACCGUCAUCCAGUUCUGAUGUCAACUUGCUGUCACCCCCUGCAGGAGAAACUCCAGUGAAAGCCAAGGCUCUGGCACAAGAUGGCACAUCGUGACCUUGUCACCUCUUCAUGGACUCCAUGGAUGCCCCCGGUGGGGGGCUAGGAGGCGGAGCCCUAGUCUCGACAGGACACUCCCAGGAUGCCGCUGUGCUGCUCGUUUCCCUUUUCUUUUCGUUUUUUCUUUUCUUGUUGCAAAGACUGAGAGAAUGUCGCCCUCCUGUGCCUCCUUUGUGGAACUGCAGCUAAUCCUCUCCGCUUUUCCGCGUUUGCCGUUCUUCUCCAUUCCUGCUCUCCCACUUGUACUUUUUUCGUUUUUUUAACACAUAAAGGACUGAGUGCAGA